AAAUGCUAUGGAAAUGAAACCUUACAAAUCCCAAAACCUUUCAAAUGUUCGAAAAGUUUAACAUCCCGGACAAAAACAUUGUCCGUGUUUAACAUCAUUGAAACAUUGUACACUGCAAAUAAAAUAUUUUCUAAUGUAAAACAUUUUUGUUGUUGAUCCACAUAAGAAGUUUUUUUUAUUCCUGGGAAAAAUGAGAAAUCUUGUUCCAGAUGCAAUCAUAUUAUGCAUCAUCAUUGGAACAUUCAUCAUUGUUUACUUUAUCACCAACAUAUUGGUGGAAUUUCUUGCCGCAGAUAAUCCAAGGAACCUAACAUUAUCGCAACUUGCAGAAGGCGUUUCAAAGGAAUACACUUGGGCACUCAGACUCAUCAUCAACUGCAUUGGAUAUUCAGCGUUAUUCAUCCCUGGAAUUCUUAUUUACAAAUAUUCAAAGCACACUCACUACCUUGAACGAUCUGAACAAAACUACUUGUAUGGCAUCAUAAAAAGUUGCUUUGCUGAUAACGAAAAACUUGACACAAGUAAUCACUCGACACAAUCAAAAACUUCUAAUCGCACGGUCACAGAAUGUAUUUUACUAGUUUACUGUUUUAUGGGUUUAAUGGUAUCUUACUUAACAUGGGGAGUUCUACAAGAAAAGAUAAUGACAAAGGAAUAUGUAGCUUUGGAUGGAAAAAAGAAAUCAUUUUUUAAAGAUUCACAAUUUCUUGUGUUCUCGAAUCGAUUUCUCGCCUUCUUCAUUGCUUUGGGUUAUCUGAUACUUAAAAGACAAGCACGUCAUCGUGCGCCACUCUAUAAAUAUUCAUACGCAUCAUUCUCGAACAUAAUGAGUGCAUGGCUGCAAUACGAAGCUUUAAAGUUCAUAAGUUUUCCAACACAAGUGCUUGCGAAAUCUUGCAAAAUUAUUCCAGUCAUGAUCAUGGGGAAAAUCAUAUCACGAAAUAAAUACGAGUUCUAUGAAUAUGUCGUCGCUAUUGCAAUAUCCAUAGGAAUGAUUUUCUUUCUAAGUGGAAGUUACGAUCACAGCAAACAUACACCGAUUACGACACUUACUGGCCUCUUCCUGCUUUGUUUGUAUUUGGUUUUCGAUAGCUUUACAUCGAACUGGCAAAGUGACUUAUUCAAAUCUUAUGGAAUAACAAGCAUUCAAAUGAUGUGUGGUGUUAAUCUCUUUAGCGCUCUCUUCACUGCUUCAUCAUUAUUUGUUCAAGGUGGAUUUAGAGAAGGUUUUGAAUUUUCUGCAAAUCAUCCAUCGUUUCUCCUCGAUUGCGUUCUUUUAUCAAUAAGUUCAACAGUGGGUCAACUUUUUAUUUUCUUUACCAUUUCCAAAUUUGGAGCUGUUAUUUUUACUAUCAUCAUGACAUUAAGACAAGCUUUGGCGAUUCUCCUAUCUUGCAUCAUUUAUCAACAUGAAAUUUCUCCGUUAGGUAUCUUUGGUAUUGUAAUAGUAUUUCUAGCUAUAUUCAUUCGAGUUUAUUCAUCUCAUCGACUGAGAACAUUAAGAAGAAAACAUGAGCUACUGAAACAACGUUUAAAUGUCUAA